AUGUUGAAGGUCGAAUACCUGUACGCUGGCGUCGCAGCAUUUUUAAUAUGGAAAACGAUCUACGCGCUAUUCUUCUCACCACUGCGCAACAUGCCAGGGCCAUUCCUUUCGCGGCUCAGCCCUCUGCCCUCGCUAGUGGCCGGGUUGACGCGGUGCACAAACGACGACAUGGUGAGUGACUGCGAGGAGUACGGCAGCGUCUACCUGAUGGAGCCCAACAAAGUCGCAAUCUGCCACCCAGAUGACUGCCGGCUGAUCCUAAGCAGCUACACCUUUGUCAAGGACGAAAUGUACAGCAAUGUGGAUUUCAUGGAGGCGAAUAUCUUUUUGACGCGCGACUCUGAGCUUAACAAGCAGCGGCGGCGACAGGUCGGGCCGACACUGAGCAUGGCUGGGCUGCACAAGAUGGAGCCGGCGAUUCUGGCAGCGGGCGUCGAGCAACUGAUGACCAAAUGGGAUGAGUACAUCGCCCAGGCGGGAUCCAAUGGCAAAGCGCGCGUAUGUUACUACGUUGACUUGACACUCAUGUCGUUCGAUAUUAUUGCGUCAAUCGGGUUCGGCAGCGAGCACCGGUCGCUGACCACGGGAAACAAGACCAUCGCCAAUUGGGUCGACAAGACGUUUGCGCUGAUGAUUAUCCAGAUGGUUCUUCCAGCAGUGAAGUGCUGGCCUCUGAGGGGCCUGGUAAACUGGUUUCUGCGCAAGGACAUUGACGACUUUUUUGCCUUCGGCAACCGCGCCAUUGAGCAGCGCAAGGAUGCGCUGGCCAAGGGCGCGGCCAAGCCGCAUGACAUUCUGCAGUCAUUCAUUGAUGCCGAGGAUCCCGAGUCCAACAUCAAAAUGACCGCGUCACAGGUCACCACCGAAUCCAUCAUGAUGCUUCUCAGCGGCGCCGACACCAGCUCAACGUCUCUCGCGUGGACCAUCCACCUGCUGAUGAUCUACCCAGUGCAUUAUAAGCUGGUGGUUGAUGAGAUCCGCCGUGGGUUCAACAAGGACCAGGUGAUCACUUUUGACAUGGCCAAGGAGCAGCUUCCGUAUUUGGAGGCCUGCGUUUUUGAGUCCCUGCGGCUCUGCCCAGUGUCGACCAACCUGCCGCGCAUCAUCCCCAAGGGCGGUGUCACUAUCCGCGGCCACUUCAUCCCUGAGGGAUUCAAGGUGGCGGUCAGCACAGCGGCGGCAAACAAGAACCAGGCAGCCUGGGUCAACCCACAUCUUUACGACCCUCUGCGGUUCAUCAAUAACGAGGCUAACCGCCGUAAUCUCAUGACGCUGAGUGCCGGUGUGCGUAUUUGCCCCGGCCGCCAUCUGGUCAUGGUCGAGAUGAUGACGACGCUGGCUAACUUGGUCAACCGAUAUGACUUUGCCCUGCCAUCCGACGCCAUCUACACACCAGCGAACGUGGACGAGAACGGGUUGCCGGUCAUUAUGCCAAGGACUAACUAUGUGGCAAUGAUCCCCAAGCACCCGACGCGCGACUGCAACUUGAUCAUCUCAAAGCGGCCUUGA